AAAGAGACACCACACCAUAUUUAAAGCCUACUCUCACUCUCAGUCACAGACGCCCAACGAGUGUGUGUGCACAUAUCAUUCACCCACCUCUCUUCUCUCUCUCUCUCACCUUCCCCCUUUCGUUUUCAUCGCCUCCUUGUCUAUUUUCAAACCCAAACCCUGAAAUUUUCACCCACCCUUUUCUCAAAAACCAAUAUUCCCUGCAAAAAUUCCAACCUUUAACCAUGCCCAUGUUUUAAAAAUGCAUUCUUUGUAUGCCCAUUUGAUCAAAAUCGAAUCUUUGUGAAUUGUUUCCUAAUCGUUGUAAUAUUCCGAUCAAAUGGGCCGGAGAGAUGUUCAGGUUUUCGACGACCGGAGCGACGGUUUCUUCUCCGUCUGCAACUUGGGGUUCCAAUCGAGUCCCCAACCCGUGCAAUAUCCCCACGCCGGAGGGUUAUUCGCGAGCGUUUCGCAAGUCGGAAUGGGGUUCGGAGUUUCUCCGACGCCGGAGCCGCAGAACCCGCGCGGCGACGGCGGCGGCGGGAUGAAGCUGCCGUACGCCGACCUGUAUAUGAAGUAUGUGGAGGGGAUUAAGAAUUUUGGGGCCAAGGAGGAGGAGGAGGUGGUAGAAGGGGUAGGGGUGGUGAAGAAGAAGAAGGGUGGGCUGAAGCUGAAGAUUAAGAUUGCUAAUCCUUCGUUGAGGAGGUUGAUUAGUGGCGCGGUGGCCGGAGCGGUGUCGAGGACGGCGGUGGCGCCGUUGGAGACUAUAAGGACGCAUUUGAUGGUUGGGAGUAGUGGGAAUUCGAGUACUGAGGUGUUUAAUGAUAUUAUGAAGGUUGAUGGGUGGACGGGGUUGUUUAGGGGGAAUUUGGUCAAUGUGAUUCGGGUUGCGCCGAGCAAGGCUAUAGAGCUGUUUGCUUAUGACACAGUUAACAAGCACUUGUCUCCCAAAGAUGGAGAACAGUCCAAACUUCCAAUUCCGGCCUCAUUAAUUGCAGGUGCCUGUGCUGGAGUGAGCUCUACUCUUGUCACAUAUCCCCUUGAAUUACUUAAGACUCGGCUAACCAUUCAGAGAGGCGUAUAUAACGGCCUUCUCGAUGCAUUUGUAAAAAUUGUGCGAGAAGAGGGACCUGCAGAGCUUUAUAGAGGUCUUGCCCCCAGUCUUAUUGGAGUCAUUCCAUAUGCUGCAACAAAUUACUGUGCUUAUGACACAUUGCGGAAAGCCUAUCGUAAGAUUUUCAAGCAGGAGAAGAUCGGGAACAUUCAGACCCUUUUAAUUGGAUCAGCAGCUGGUGCUAUUUCAAGUACUGCGACUUUCCCACUCGAAGUGGCUCGCAAACAUAUGCAGGUGGGGGCCGUGGGUGGCAGGCAGUAUAAUGAUGUGUUUCACGCCCUUACAAGCAUACUUGAACACGAAGGUAUUGCCGGUUUAUACAGAGGGCUUGGGCCUAGCUGCAUGAAGUUGGUCCCUGCAGCUGGAAUUUCUUUUAUGUGCUAUGAAGCAAUGAAGAAGAUACUGGUAGAGGAUGAUGAGGAAGCAUAGGAAACUUACAAUUAAGUUUUUAAGAGAGCAGGGAGGGAAGUGGGAUAACUUUUUUUAUGACACAGGGCAUGUUGCCCUUUUUUUCAUUGUUGGAUAUUUUUUCUUCUAUUUUCGCAUCUCAGCUCAGGGAGCCUUGGGUUUUUACUGAGGUUAGAAUUUUGAUGUUAUUGAGGAUUGAUAUAAAUCCAUCGAGUUUUUUGGCUCUUGAAAGAAAUAUUAGCAGUGCGGUUCGAGAUACUGAUGUGUUACUUUGGCUUGUUGCAUAAAGUAAUAUGUUGUCGGGUACC